CCGACAUAUAAAAACGAAUUAAUUGGGGUGGAUUAUGUGAUUUGCAAAUUCAAUUGGUUUCGAAUCGGGUCAACGAUGCUGGGGAAAUUUCGUACUGCAGUUUGUUUCGUUGUGAUCGCCGUUGGCUUUGUGGCGGCCGCACCAAGAAACCUUCAACAUGAAGAUCUGACGAAAGCGUUUGCGGAUUUUCUUAAGCAAGAUAAAGAAUUUAAUGCCGCCCUGGAUCGACCUUCGAAUCUGGGCGACGCAAAAUUGACCAGAUUCAGAAGGUCGUCUCUGUCCGACACAGACCUCACCAAAGCCUUUGCUGAUUUUCUUAAACAUGACAAACAAUUCAACAGUGCACUAGAGAAAACGGGAGAACAUGAACAGAUUAGAGUCAGACGUGAGGCGGAAUUAUCCGUGGACGGAAUGGACGUGAUGCAAAAUGGUGAACAACCGGGAUUCUUUGACCGUGCGGCCAAAUUCGUGGUGGAGCUGCUCCAGAGAUUUCUCAAGUGGAUUAAUACGGACAGUAAUUAGUGAAGGGGUUAAACAUGCGGUUACCACAGCUGCAAGUUGGAUAUUUGGUUGAAUUUCAAAUACCUCACAUAGGCUACAUUAUUAAUAUAAUUUUCCAAUUGAAAUCUCAGUAUUUAUAUAUGUAAUUAUAAUAUUGUAUAAUAAAAAUUUAUAACACA